AUGGAGACUCGAUCUCCAUGUUUGGCUGUCGUGAUCCUUGGGGUUGUCUUUGCCGCCUUCUUUGCGGCCUUUGUUGAGUCUGAUCAUAGCUCUGAAUCGCCGCCGCCGCCGCCGCCGUCUAAAAGCAAGAAAUCGUCGUCACCUCCACCGCCGCCGCCACCUAAUUUGAAAGGCGAGAAACAAGCUUAUGAACAGCCACCACCGUCUCCGCCGCUCGACCGUAAUGGCAAAUCCAAAUCCUCCUCUUCCUCCGACAGCGAGGAACAAGAACAUCGCAAGAAACGGGAACACCAUCAUCAUCUGCCGCCGCCGCGGCAGAAACAGAAAAAGAGCAAGAAGAUGAACGCCGGGAAGAUGAUCGGAUUGGCUUUCGCGGGAGUUGCAGCUAUCUUGCAAGUAGCUGUUGUUGGAUUCUUGGUUUUCAAGAGAAAGCAGCUAAUACUGAAAGAUAGAUAUGAACCGUAUUCUGCUUCAUGA